CCGAUCAGUUUCUUGGAAAGGGCUGCCAUGGUCUACGGUGACUCCCCUGCCAUUCUCUACAGUGACACCUGUUGUCGCACCUGGUCCCAAACUAACACCAGAUGUCUACAAUUGGCUUCCUCCAUAGCCUCUCUAGGCAUCACCAGAGGCGACGUCGUUUCCGUUGUCGCCCCCAAUGUGCCCGCCAUGGUCGAGCUCCAUUUCGCCGUCCCCAUGUCCGGCGCCGUCCUCAACACAGUCAAUCUCCGCCUCGACGCCACCGCAAUUUCGAAUCUUCUCCGGCACGGCGAGUCCCGGCUCGUGUUCGUCAACUCCGGAUCGCUGUCCGUCGUCCGCGACGCGCUUGCCCUAUUUCCGGCAAACUUCCGGCGCCCGCCGGUGGUCGUGAUUGACGAAGGAGAUCAAUUGAAUACAGAGAAAUCGCUGAAGAUCAAUGGCGACCACGACCAAUUUCUUAAUUACGAGGCUUUGAUCGAAUUGGGGAACCCUAAUUUCAAAUGGAUUCGGCCGCUGAGCGAGUGGGAUCCGAUCACGUUGAACUACACGUCGGGAACGACGUGUUCGUCGAAGGGGGUGGUGCAAAGCCACCGGGGGGCGAUGCUGAUCGCCGUGGAUUCGCUGCUCCACUGGUCGGUGCCGCCGCGGCCGACGUUUCUGUGGACGCUGCCGAUGUUCCACGCCAACGGCUGGAGCUUCGCGUGGGGCAUGGCGGCCGUCGGCGCCGCUAAUGUCUGCCUCCGGAGCAUCGACGCCGCCGCGAUCUACGACGCAAUUCAGAGGUUCGGAGUGACUCACAUGUGCGGAGCUCCGGUGGUGCUCAAUAUGUUGGCCAAUCAUCAUCUCCGUCGCGAUUCCGGCGAGAAUAGGAAGCAAUUGGAGUCUCCGGUGCAUAUACUGACGGCGGGGGCACCGCCUCCGGCGGCGGUGCUGGCCCGCGUGGAGGCGUUAGGGUUCGUGGUGAGCCACGGAUACGGAUUGACGGAGACUGGGGGGCUGGUGGUCACGUGCGCUUGGAAGCCGGAGUGGGACAAGUUGCCGGCGCCGGAGCGAGCUCGCCACAAGGCCAGGCAAGGCGUCAGAUCAAUUAUGUUCGCAGAAAUGGAUGUCCUUGACCCCAGUACCGGCACUAGUGUGGCCAAAGACGGCUCGACACUUGGUGAAGUGGUUCUACGGGGCGGUAGCUUGAUGCUCGGAUAUCUAAAAGAUCCAGACGAGACGGCAAAAUGCAUGACAAAAGAUGGCUGGUUCUACACGGGCGAUGUUGGUGUGGUGCACCCUGACGGGUACUUGGAGGUCAAGGACCGGUCUAAAGAUAUAAUAAUUUGUGGCGGAGAAAAUGUGAGUAGUGUGGAAGUGGAAGCGGUGUUGUACACCCACCCCGCCGUGGAAGAAGCUGCGGUGGUGGCGCGGCCGAGCAACUUUUGGGGGGAGACACCGUGUGCUUUUGUGCGUCUUAAGGAGACGACGACAGAGGCAGAAAAGCCGACAAAGAAGGAGAUAAGGGAGUUUUGCAAGGAGAGGUUACCCCUCUACAUGGUGCCGAGGAUGGUGGUUUUUGUCGAGGAUCUUCCGAAGACAUCGACCGGAAAACUUCAAAAGUUCUUGCUUAGAGACAUGGCUAAGUACUUGUGA